AUGGAGAAGAUAGUGAAUUUAUCCAUUUCGGUGCUGCUGGUUUUAUGGGGGUGCGCGCUGGGAGGCUCGCCCAGUGUUCAGAUCGGGGGACUCUUUCCAAGGGGCGCGGACCAGGAGUACAGCGCGUUUCGGAUAGGAAUGGUUCAGUUUGGCACUUCUGAAUUCAGAUUGACGCCUCACAUCGACAAUCUGGAAGUGGCGAACAGUUUUGCCGUCACCAAUUGUUUCUGUUCACAGUUCUCCAGGGGAGUGUACGCCAUUUUCGGAUUCUACGACAAGAAGUCCGUCAACACCAUCACGUCGUUCUGCGGGACGCUGCACGUGUCGUUCAUCACGCCCAGCUUCCCCCUGGACGGGAACCAGCAGUUCAUCAUCCAGAUGAGACCGGACAUCAAGGGGCCCCUCCUCAGCCUCAUCGAGUACUACAAGUGGGACAAGUUUGCCUACCUGUACGACAGCGACCGAGGCCUGACCACGCUGCAGGUCGUCCUGGACACGGCGGCGGAGAAGAAGUGGCAGGUGACGGCCAUCAACGUGGGGAACCUGAAGGAUGAGAGGAAGGACGAGGCGUACCGCUCACUGUUCCAGGACCUGGAGAACAAGAAGGAGCGGAGGGUGAUCCUGGACUGUGAGCAGGACAAAGUCAAAGACAUCAUGGACCAGGUCAUUACAAUCGGCAGACACGUGAAAGGCUACCACUACAUUAUAGCCAAUCUGGGAUUCGUUGACGGAGAUCUGUCCAAGAUCCAGUACGGAGGUGCCAACGUGUCGGGCUUCCAGAUCGUUGACUUCGACGAUCCUCUGGUGUCCAAGUUUGACCAGAGGUGGGAAGCCCUGGAGGAGAAGGAGUAUCCUGGGGCCGACAAUAAAAUAAGGUACACGUCUGCGUUGACCUACGACGCCGUGCAGGUGAUGACGGAAGCGUUCCGCUACCUGCACAAGCAGCGCAUCGACUUCACCAGGCGGGCCAACACUGGCGACUGCCUGGCCAACCCUGCUGUGCCCUGGGCUCAGGGUGUGGAGAUCGAGCGAGCACUGAAACAGGUCCGCGUGGAAGGCCUCACAGGAAACAUCCAGUUCGACCAACAUGGCAAGAGAGUCAACUACUCGGUGAAUGUGAUGGAGCUGAAGACCAACGGCCCGGUGAAGAUUGGAUACUGGAAUGAAGUGGACAGGAUGGCUGUGACCAAAAGUGACGUGUUUGCCAACGAAUCGACAGGAAUGGAAAACAAAACAGUCAUCGUCACCACCAUCUUGGAAGCUCCGUAUGUGAUGCUGAAAAAGAACUCUGACCUUUUCGUGGACAACGACCGCUACGAGGGCUACUGUGUAGAUCUGGCCGCUGAGAUAGCGAAACACUGCGGCUUCAAAUAUCAGCUGAAAAUCGUGAGCGAUGGUAAAUACGGAGCCAGGGAUGCAGAGACUAAAAUCUGGAACGGGAUGGUGGGAGAGUUGGUGUAUGGGAAAGCAGACAUUGCCGUGGCUCCUCUCACCAUCACUCUGGUGCGAGAGGAGGUGAUCGACUUCUCCAAGCCCUUCAUGUCCCUGGGAAUCUCCAUCAUGAUCAAGAAGCCUCAAAAAUCCAAACCGGGAGUCUUCUCCUUCCUGGAUCCGCUCGCUUACGAGAUCUGGAUGUGCAUCGUGUUCGCCUACAUCGGCGUCAGCGUCGUGCUGUUCCUCGUCAGCCGCUUCAGCCCGUACGAGUGGCACACAGAGGAGUACGAGGACGGGCAAAUCCAGACCAACGAGUCAACCAACGAGUUUGGCAUAUUCAACAGCCUGUGGUUCUCCCUUGGAGCUUUCAUGCGUCAAGGCUGUGACAUCUCUCCAAGAUCUCUGUCUGGGCGUAUAGUCGGUGGCGUGUGGUGGUUCUUCACUUUAAUCAUCAUCUCCUCCUACACGGCCAACCUGGCUGCUUUCCUGACAGUCGAGAGAAUGGUGUCUCCCAUUGAAAGCGCAGAGGACCUGGCGAAACAGAGCGAGAUAGCGUACGGUACCUUGGACUCCGGCUCCACCAAAGAGUUUUUUAGGCGCUCCAAAAUCGCCCUCUUUGACAAAAUGUGGACGUACAUGCGCAGUGCGGAGCCCUCUGUGUUUGUGAAAACCACAGCAGAGGGGGUUGUCAGAGUCCGCAAGUCCAAGGGCAAGUACGCCUACCUGCUGGAGUCCACCAUGAACGAGUACAUCGAGCAGCGGAAGCCGUGCGACACCAUGAAGGUGGGAGGCAACCUGGACUCCAAAGGCUACGGGAUCGCCACGCCGAAAGGAUCCUCAUUAAGAAAUGCGGUUAACCUCGCAGUACUAAAACUGAAUGAGCAAGGCCUGUUGGACAAAUUGAAAAACAAAUGGUGGUACGACAAAGGAGAGUGCGGCAGCGGGGGAGGUGAUUCCAAGGAGAAGACGAGCGCCCUCAGCCUGAGCAACGUGGCUGGGGUCUUCUACAUUCUGGUCGGAGGACUCGGCUUGGCCAUGCUGGUGGCCUUGAUCGAGUUCUGUUACAAGUCCCGAGCCGAGGCGAAACGAAUGAAGGUGGCAAAGAAUGCACAGAAUAUUAACCCAACUUCCUCGCAGAAUUCACAGAAUUUUGCAACUUAUAAGGAAGGUUACAACAUGACCUUCGGGGACGCCAUGAGGAACAAAGCGAGACUUUCCGUCACUGGGAGUACUGGGGAGAAUGGUCGGGUGAUGACUCCAGAGUUUCCUAAAGCUGUCCACUCCGUCCCUUACUCGAGACCUGACAUGGGACUGAACGUCAGCCUGACAGAUCUGUCCUGA